GGAGCCACACGGCGAACACUUACACCCACCCCCACACACCCCCAUAGAAUGUCCCAGUCAGGCCCCCCGGCAGACGCGAAGCAGGCGCAGGCCGCCGCGCUGGCCGAGCUCGAGAACGCGCAGCGGCGCAAGCGGGCUAUCGACACGAGCCUGGCCAACCUCGAGGCGUCGAUCUGGGCAUUCGAGGGCAGCUAUCUCGACGAGACGGCCGCGUCGGGGGGCAACAUUAUCAAGGGCUUCGACAACUACCUCAAACCCCCCGCGCAGGGGAACAAGAAGAAGCCCGAGCCGACCGACGCCGACCGCCUCUUCUCGUCCAGCAGCGUCACAUACCAGUCUUCGCUCUCCAAGUGACCGUGACCGACCGACCGCUCGUGACCUGACCCGAGGCGAGGCGAGACUCUGACAUGACAUGACUCGACUCGACUGUACUUUACGGCGCGCGCGGUGCGUGCGGCUCGCCCCGCCACGCCUGCCUGCGCCGACCAUAUCGCUUUGUUGUAUGCAGCGCGUAGUAACGACUCGGGGGCACGG